CGCGGGGCGCUGCGCAGUACCGGGCCGGGCCCGCCAUGUCCCGCACGGAGCCGCCGCCGCCGCCGGGCGCCGCCGAGCCGGGCGCCGCCAUCGAGCGGCUCUGCCAAGAGCUGAACCUGGACGCGGCCAGCGCCGCCGAGGCGCUGCGCGACUUCACGGCGCUGCGCGGCACCUACAGCCUGGAGGGGGAAGCGCUGCACUGGCUGGCCUGCGCGCUCUACGUGGCCUGCCGCAAGAGCGUCCUGCCCACCGUGGGGAGCGGCCUGAUGGAGGGCAACUGCGUGUCGCUGACCAGGAUCCUGCGCUCCGCCAAGCUCAGUUUAAUUCAGUUUUUCAGCAAAAUGAAGAAGUGGAUGGACAUGUCAAAUCUACCACAGGAAUUCCGUGAGCGAGUAGAGAGGCUGGAGAGAAACUUUGAAGUGUCAACUGUGAUCUUCAAGAAGUUUGAGCCAAUAUUUUUGGAUGUAUUUCAAAACCCUUAUGAAGAAAAUUCUAAGCCACAACGAAGCAGGAAGCAGAGGCGGGUGCUGUGCAGUGUCAGAGAUCUCUUCAACUUCUGCUGGACUCUCUUUGUGUACACUAAGGGUAAUUUCCGUAUGAUUGGGGAUGAUUUAGUAAAUUCCUAUCAUUUGCUUCUCUGCUGCUUGGACCUGGUCUUCGCAAAUGCCCUUCUGUGUCUAAAUAGAAGAGAUUUGCUAAAUCCAUCGUUUAAAGGCUUACCAGGGGACUUCCAUGCAACAGAGAUCAAAGUCUCUGAAGAUCCUCCUUGCAUUAUUGCCACGCUGUGUGAGCUGCAUGAUGGGCUUUUAGUAGAAGCAAAAGGAAUAAAGGAACACUACUUUAAACCAUACAUCUCAAAACUAUUUGAUAGGAAGAUCUUAAAAGGAGAAUGUCUAUUGGAUCUUUGCAAUUUUACAGAAAAUAACAAAGCACUGAAUAAAGAAUAUGAAGAGUAUGUUCUAACAGUGGGUGACUUUGAUGAGAGAGUUUUCCUAGGAGCAGAUGCUGAAGAAGAAAUAGGCACUCCUCGGAAAUUUCCUGCAGACAUGCCUGUAGGGAAAACAGCAGCAAGAGCUCAUGUGGAGUGUCAUCUUCAGCAGCAUUUUGAAAAGAAAAGGUCAUUUGCACCUUCAACUCCUCUGACUGGAAGAAGAUACCUUCGAGAAAAGGAAGCUGUCAUCACUCCUGUUGCUUCAGCUACACAAAGCGUGAGUCGGUUACAGAAUAUUGUGGCUGGACUGAAAAAUGCACCGAGUGAACAACUGAUCACUAUUUUUGAGUAAGUACAUCCACUGCGAU